GAUAAGAUAAAAUGAUAAAUGCAUAUAUCCUUUUACGUCUCCUUUACAACAAGACGAAAUCAAUUAUUCCAACCUAAAAAAGUUUCAAAAAACACUUUCCCCAGAUUUCUGCCUCUUCAUUUAACUUCUCAAAAUCCCCCAAAUUCUUGUUUCCUGAUGCCCCUUUUUUCGAACAAACUCUUGUUUGUUCCUAUCAAUACUCUCCGAUCGGUUUUCUUUAGUAACAGAAGCUAUAUACGACCCACGAAGAAUUACAACCCAAACUUCAAAAUUUUGGUUUCAUCGAUGACGACAACUCAAAGACCCAACGAAGAAGGCAUUGCAAAGCGUUUAUGGGUUAGGUUUAAUAAAGAAUCGAUCCUUUCUCUCUACACUCCUUUUGUAGUUUCUUUGGCUUCUGGGAAUCUCAAGCUUGAUACUUUUCGUCAAUAUAUCGCUCAAGAUGUUCAUUUUCUUAAAUGCUUUGCCAAAGCAUAUGAAUUAGCUGAGGAGUGUGCGGAUGAUGAUGAUGCUAAAGUUUCCAUCACUGAGUUAAGACAGAGUGUUCUUGAAGAGCUUAACAUGCAUGGAUCUUUUUGCCAAGUCAGUAUGUGGUCAACAUCAUGGACCAAUAAGAGGGGCUCGGUAAACAGCAACAUUUCUGACCGGGUAGUAAGAGGCCGUAAGCAGGAAUGGGGUUUUGACGUGUCCAAAGAAACCUUCCCUAACUCUGCAACACUGAAGUACACCGACUUCUUGUUGGCAACUGCCUCUGGGAAGAUUGAAGGUGUAAAAGGUCUUGCAAGUCUCGCCACACCUUUUGAAAAAACAAAAGUUGCGGUGUAUACCAUAGGGGCAAUGGUCCCUUGCAUGAGGCUUUAUGCUUUUCUUGGUAACGAGCUCCAAUCUUUGGUUGAUAAUAAUGGAAAUCAUCACCCUUAUAAGAAGUGGAUCGAUAAUUAUUCCUCGGACGCUUUUCAGGCGGCAGCUCUUCAGAUCGAGGACUUACUGGACAAAUUAAGCGUCUCUUUGACAGGCGAAGAGCUUGAUAUCUUGCAAAAACUUUACCAUCAAGCAAUGAAACUUGAGCUGGAGUUUUUCUUGGCUCAACCUAUUGAUCAGCAGAUUGUAGUUCCUUUAUCAAAGGAGCAGAAUCCUAGACAAAAUCGUCUUAUGAUCUUCUCUGAUUUCGAUUUGACAUGCACUGUAGUUGAUUCGUGUGCCAUUUUGGCCGAGAUUGCUUUAGUUACCACACCAAAAUUGGAUCAAAUCCAACCCGAAAAUCAAAAUCAAGUUGCCCAGAUGCCUUCAGCCGACUAUAGAAACAUAUGGGAAGCGUUAUCGCGGCAGUACGCUGAAGAACAUGAAAAGAUCAUGGAAUGUAUGUUGGGUGAUCAGAAAGUGGAGAAAUUUAACUACAAGGGGCUGAGGAAAGCACUUGAACAACUAUCGGACUUUGAGAAAAGGGCGAACAUGAGAGUGAUUGAAUCUAAUGUACUCAAGGGUUUGAAUCUUGAAGAUAUUACACGUGCUGGUGAACGUCUUAUUUUCCAAGAUGGUUGCAUGGAUUUCUUUCGGUGCAUCAUGAAGGAUGAACGUUUGAAUGUGGACGUCCAUGUCUUGUCCUAUUGUUGGUGUGGUGAUCUUAUUAGGUCCGCUUUCUCAUCAGGGGGUAUACACGAUCUACAUCUGCAUUCAAACGAGUUCAUCUAUGAAGGCCUUAUAUCCACCGGCGAAAUCACGAGAAACAUGGAGUCCCCUAUCGACAAACUUCAAGCUUUUAUUGAUAUUUUGAAAGAACAUGACCAAUGGGAUGGAAAGAAUCUAACCGUCUACAUUGGAGACUCGGUCGGUGACUUGCUUUGCCUGCUUGAAGCAGAUAUAGGUAUCCUGAUCGGCUCGAGCACAAGUCUAAGAAGAGUUGGGACCCAUUUCGGUGUCUCCUUCGUGCCUUUAUUCCCUGGUUUAGUGGUAAAGCAGCGAGAGCAUGUCGAAGGAAAGUUUUUCAGUUGGAAGAGGGUAUUCGGGAUCGUAUAUACAGUUUCUAGUUGGGCGGAAAUACAUGCUUUCAUCGUUGGUUCAUGAAACCAUGUUCAUUUUUGUUAGGAGUUUCAAGAUGAGCACAAAAUGCAACAAAAUUUGUACUAAAAAUUUGUCGAUCGAUAUAUAAUGACUUAUUUUUUUAUUUUUAA